UAUUCUGUAAGACACUCCGAUUUCCCCCUCUUACAUCGCUUAACAAUUUACCUGUGAUAUGUUAUUAUUCUGGCCGUCAUCUACAAACGUUGUGUACUCUAUACUCUCUGUAUACUUCUAUCUUAACCGCUUAACAAUAACAAAAGAUCUUGGUUGGCGUCCGUUGUUGGUAAAUUAGAAGGCACUGUUAGUCGGGUCUACCGCACUGUUGCUCGUAGUGCCCUUCGCUAGUUUUUGUUAUCAUUAUUAUUUUUUAAGUAAAAGUGUGAAUCAUAUAAGUAGAAUAAAGUGUUCCACUUAGACUGCCAUUAUCUUCAUUAUUUAUUCGUAUUCAUUUAAUUGUCAGACCAUCUUGAUUGAAAACGUUCUCGUCUUCUGUCCCUGCUUUUUAAGAUGAAUUCAUGGCGGUGAUACACAACAAGUAUUUACAAUAAUCAAGACGUGGACGAUAAUCUACAUUCGGCCACCGAACGUCAAAAUCAUGGGACUCUAUUGUGGAUAACAGCAUAGUAACGGUUUACAUUAUUAUUGACCACAUUGCUGCAAGUUCGCCGUUAUUUCUGUCCAACAUCUAUUAACCUAUAGUUUUUAUCAGUAUAUGAUACAAUGACCAAUCAAAUUGACUACCAAUGGGCUUAUACAAUCAUGGAUUCAUCUCGUGUAUCAACUUUUUUAAUAUCGAUUCUUCUCAUUGUCUACGGAAGUUUCAGAUCUUUGAAUAUGGAACAAGAAGCAAGAGAGAGAGAAAAAGAAAAAUCUAAAAGUUCUAAUGGAAGUUCUGUUUGCUUGACUGAUAUUAGUAAGCGUAAACAAGAUGUUCAAACUUUAGAUACAAUGCAGGCAUUAUGUUUGCCAUUAGGAGCUUCUAUAUCAUUAUUAGUGAUGUUUUUCUUUUUUGAUUCUAUGCAAAUAUUGUUUGCUAUUUGUACAGCUAUUAUUGCUACUGUUGCUUUGGCAUUUCUAUUGCUUCCUAUGUGUCAGUAUAUUAUCAAUCCAUGUUCAGACGGCAACAAGAUCUCAUUUGGAAUAUGUGGUAGAUUUACACCUGCAGAACUUUUAUCAUUUUCAAUGGCAUUAUUUAUAGUUUGUAUUUGGGUAUUGACUGGACAUUGGUUAUUAAUGGAUGCGAUGGGAAUGGGACUCUGUGUUGCAUUUAUAGCAUUUGUCCGUUUGCCAAGUCUCAAAGUGUCCACUUUAUUGCUAACUGGUUUGCUGAUCUAUGAUGUUUUUUGGGUAUUCUUUUCAUCGUAUAUCUUUAAUACCAAUGUUAUGGUUAAGGUUGCUACAAGAUCAGCUGAGAAUCCAGUUGGUGUUGUUGCCAGAAAGUUGCAUAUUGGUGGUGUAGCUAGAGAAGCUCCAAGAUUAUCACUGCCUGGAAAGCUUGUAUUUCCUAGUCUUCAUAAUGGCCGAUUUUCUAUGUUAGGAUUGGGCGAUAUUGUAAUGCCAGGAUUGUUACUAUGUUUUGUACUUCGUUAUGAUGCAUAUAAAAAGUCCCAACUGUUGCAUUUUGGUGAAACUGGUGUUCCACCUCCUAGGCAUCUAAGCAAAAUAAGUUACUUUCAUUGUUCAUUAAUUGGAUAUUUUCUUGGAUUAGUUACCGCUACAGUUUCUUCAGAGGUUUUCAAAGCAGCUCAACCAGCCUUACUCUACUUAGUUCCAUUUACAUUAUUGCCUCUUCUUACAAUGGCAUAUUUAAAAGGUGAUCUGAGACGAAUGUGGAGUGAACCAUUUAUAAUACAACAACCUUCAAAACAUAUGGAUGUAUAGGUUUUUUAG